AUUGUAUGACUGGUGUUUAUUGUUCCAAUCAUUUAGGAGUAGUUGAGUUGAGUAGUAUAGUAUAUUUCACAAUAUCAAUUUUUUUAUUUUCUAUUCAGAAAAAAGCAAAAUAUUAUCUUCCUCACUUUACUUUCCCUUAACAGAUCAAUCCCCACAAAUUCUUUCCUCUUUCUAUUUUCUUUCCUCUUCUUUCUUCUCCAUCAAAAUCCCAUCUUUUUAUCAAAAAUUCAAUCUUUUUAUAUAAUUUUGAUCAUUUAACACUUUCCCAUUUGUCCUCUCGUGCAAUCUUUACAUAUAUGUUGGCCAUAUUUAUUUGUUUUGAUCAAUAAUGUUGGAAAUGACAUUCCAAGAAUCAAUCUUUUUAUUUAUUGUUGUUUCUUGAUUGUUCUUGUGGUUGAAAUAAUCAAGGGAUGUAGUUGAUUGAUAAGCUGGUUCUUGAUACACAAUUUUCUUGUUUAAUUUGAUCAAACUUUUUUUUGUUGGUCUCAGAAUUUUCAGGGUAUGAUAAGAUGAGGGUAUCUCCAAUAGGGUGAUUUUGAUUGGCCUAAAUUAUUGGCGGGGUUGGUUUUUUCGUUGUUGAAAUUAGGCAUUUAGAUCUGGUUAGGUUGGAAAAUAAGAUUGUGAAAUUAUGGAUCAUGUUGUGGGUGGAAAGUUUAAACUGGGAAGAAAAAUUGGAAGUGGUUCUUUUGGGGAGCUAUAUUUAGGCAUUAAUAUACAAAGUGGAGAAGAAGUUGCCAUUAAGCUGGAAUCUGCAAAGACGAAGCAUCCUCAACUUCACUAUGAAUCAAAAAUAUAUAUGCUUCUUCAGGGAGGAACGGGAAUUCCCAACCUCAAAUGGUAUGGAGCUGAAGGCGAGUACAAUGUUAUGGUUAUUGACCUUCUUGGCCCAAGUUUAGAAGACCUGUUUAACUAUUGCAACCGAAAAUUCUCACUGAAAACUGUAUUGAUGCUUGCAGAUCAACUAAUAAAUAGAGUUGAAUACAUGCAUUCAAGAAGUUUCCUUCACCGUGAUAUCAAGCCUGACAACUUUCUAAUGGGCUUAGGGCGGAAAGCAAAUCAGGUUUACGCCAUUGACUUUGGUCUUGCAAAGAAGUAUAGGGAUCUUCAGACCCAUAAGCACAUACCAUACAGGGAAAAUAAAAACCUUACAGGCACAGCUCGUUAUGCUAGUGUUAACACACACCUUGGAGUUGAACAAAGCAGAAGGGAUGAUCUCGAAUCUCUUGGUUACGUGCUCAUGUAUUUCUUAAGAGGAAGCCUUCCAUGGCAGGGACUUAGAGCCGGCAACAAAAAGCAAAAAUAUGACAAGAUCAGUGAAAAGAAAAUGUUAACGCCUAUAGAGGUUCUAUGCAAAUCUUAUCCCUCAGAAUUCAUAUCAUACUUUCACUAUUGCCGAUCACUACGUUUUGAGGACAAACCAGAUUAUUCAUAUUUGAAAAGGCUUUUCAGGGACUUGUUUAUUCGUGAAGGUUAUCAGUUCGACUAUGUUUUUGAUUGGACCAUAUUGAAGUACCCUCAGAUUGGUGCAGGUUCUAAAGGAAAGAAUCCCAAUGGGAAUGCAGGACCAUCAGCAGAAAAGCCUGGAAGGACUUCAGGUCAAGAUAUUAAAGAAAAAUCAUCAGGUGCUGUAGAAGCAUUUUCGAGAAGAAAUCCUGGUCGGCAUGGUGAGCAUUCCAGAAACACAAGGUCUGAUGAAGUCACUUCAUCCAAGGACGUGCUAGCUGAUUCGGAAAAAGGACAAGCUUCUCGAAAUGGCAGUUCUUCAAAAAGAGCUGUGAUCGCAAGCAGCAAUAGACUGAGCUCUUCUGGUGAAUUUGCCGAGGGACGCUCAAGCCGGUUGGUAACAAGCCUAGGUCGAUUGUCUACUUCGCAGAGGAUUCAAUCUGGAUCAUCAGAGUCCAAACCUCCUGCAUAUUCCCGCCACACAGCCGCCAAGGGAUCUCGAGAUGACCCUCUUCGCAGCUUUGAUUUCCUUUCUAUUAGAAAGUAAAAUGUUUUGAUUGUUUGUGGUCUGUGAAAAUGUACAAAUAGCACUCCUUUCUAAUGACAUUGUAGAAUGUUUGAGUUUUGUAAAUAGGACGAGUUUCAUGUCAAAGUAAAAGUUGCCUGAUAUGAUAAAGCCAUGUUGUGUUUUUGUGGCAGAUUUUUUGGCAACUCAACUUUAGAUUCAUCAAAGAAGGGUGAUGUUGUGUAAUUGAAAUUUCCUAUUUAUAGUUACUAUUAUAUUAACAAUUGUGAAAUCGAAAUAAGCCGUUUGAGAUUAAA